CUCCGAGGCACAAACGUUUGUUCAGUUGUGAGUUUUUCAGAAACAUGAGUGGAGAUAGCGACUACAGCAAAUACGAUUUGGCACGACUGCAGGCAGAGCUUGAACAUGAGUGGGAAAUUAAAGAAAUGCUCGAAGAGUCAGUGUCUGACCUUCGGAGUACCAUGUGUGAACUGCAGGAUAGACUGCACAGUGUUGAUGGACAGGAAAAUGAGUGGAAGACUAGGUUUGAGACACAGACAGAGCUAAAUGGACAGUUGGAGCGACAGAUGUCAUUCAUUCAUGAGAGACUGGAGGACCUGCGAGGAAACCCCAUGGAUCCGUUGGCCUCCAUCCGAACGUUUGAUGACAUGUCGGAAGAAACACUGAGACAGCGUCUGAAGCUCCUGACUGAGGAGAAGUCAGACCUCCAGAGUCAACUGAUGGACGCUCACAGCAGAAUCGAACAGGAGGGAAAGGCAUUUCAUAAAACCAAUGAUGAGAGGCGGGCAUAUCUUUCAGAAAUUGCCAAGCUGUCCUCCACACUUGAAGCCCAGAGAAGACAGUACUCCACUGAGGCACAGAGGGCAGCAGAGAGCAAACACAAGAGAGGGAGGCAGACCAGCAGGAAGGCAGAGGCUGAUGCUAAGAAGGAAAAAGAGAGAGAAGAAGAUGGAGGAGGAGGAGGAGCAUGUGUGAAAGGAGGAGGUGGUAGCAAUGGAGUCACAGCGGAGAGAAGAGAAGAGAGGACAUCCCAAAGGGGAAGCAGGUUACCCACACUGAAGUACUACCUGAAACACAAUCCCUAAACCCCACCUAGUGUUAUAGCCCUUUUUAAAAACAGAUGUGGUUUUGUUUACAUUUCUCAAAAGAUUACUGGGAGGAAACAUUGCAUUUCUGAUGGUUAUCCUGUGGUGUUUAUUGAUGUGAAAUACAGUGGUAAAACAUGUUCCAUUUAUAAUGAAGUGGCAUUAUUAUCGCCUUACACCUUUCUUUGUUUCAACAAAAAGAGCAGUAUUAAAGAGAAACGUUAAAGGGAGGAAUAUCACAGGCUUCAGUGAGGUUGACUCCUAAUGUACCAGAAGCCUGCUGAGUCUGACAUUUCUUGUGUCACUUCAAUUUUUUUCUCUCUAAACACCUCCUACGACUACUAUUACGUAAGCAACACCGCAUCCAGCACUCUCUCCAAAAGCAGUUCAUCCACAGAGCAACCAGUCACCCCCGUCCCACCCACUGACAGCCUUUACAAGUGUGUAAGAAUACGCUCAAAUGAGAUGCAGUAGUGAACAGGAAAAUUACCCGAAGCUGUUAAAGUUUUGAGGCUGACAAAACUGAACCCCUCCUCCACACUUCUUCACAAACACAUAAUUGAAUAGAAGCAGUAUCUUAUAGGGAAAAACAACAUGGAUUUAUACAUUAAUCUGGGCUUUUCUUAUUUACCGAUUGGUCUGUAAAUCUAAUAGCUUAAUAUUGAUUAGCUCAGAGAAUAUGACCAAACAUAAUUGUUUUUUUUAAUAGGAAUAUACCUGCUCUGUGAAUAUAUGUCCAAAGCUGUGUUGUAGCCACUAUGAAAACUUGACUUUGAACUUAAAGAGCAAAGAUAGACCCCCGUGUCAACAAGCACCCGUCCAGCUGAAAUAGUCCUUUAACAUGAUUCUGAAUUUUCAACCUUCAGUUUGUUGUGAAGGAAAAUCCCAAUAUGUAUUUAUAGAAAUAUUAUAUAUUAGCGACAAAUAUGGCUUUGUAAAAUGUGUGACAGUUAAAGUCCACGCAAGAAUGGGAACUAAUUAACUAACUUAAAUGAGAUGAUGUAAACAAGUCAACAGAUUGUAGUGACACCAACAGAGACAUGUGGAUAAGAUGAGGAUGAUUUAUGAAGCUUUUUAUUUAAAUGCAAUAUGAUCUCACACAAUUAACCACUAAUUUAUCCUUCCAUUCAUUUAAUAAACACAGUCCAAAAAAAGCAUUUGAUAAAAAUCAUUAAUCCAUCUCCAGAAACUUGUUUGCUGGUAUUGACUUCAAUGUCUAAAAUCUUUGGAAACACACUGUGGGAGUUCUAGUUUGGGAUGUUGACAGGCCCACACGUAUUUCUGAUAAAGUUGUCUCAGUGUGAAAUCAUAAAUGCGCUGCAGUGACAGGUUGUUUGUCUUAGAUGAAUGACUUUAUUGUAAGAGUGCAUGUUGCCUUAUGAAAGAGUGAGCACAUCUAGAGCACACCACCUUUCUUUCCCCUCCUCCUCUUGUUCUCUCUGUUUCAUGCAAAAGCUUUAGUUCAACUCAUGAAUCACACAGCUACAGAGUAAGCACCUGCUGUAGCUGUCUCUUGCUGACAGGUGAAACACAGUGACAAAUAACUACAGUAUCCGUCAAAACAACACGCGUCACAGAACUGCCCAUGCUAAUUCAGUUAGCCCCUCUCUCUGUAACCCUGAGUAUGCUGGAAAUACAUUUAGUGUCUAUGCUAGUGCAUAUGUGAGAGUGUAGGAGACUCAUUUGUGAGGGUGAUUGAUUGCAUGCAUUCAUGUACAUAUCCAUGUGCUUUAUUCACACUUUAGUUGACCUUUGUGAUAACUCAACACCACUUUUGAUAUGUCCAUUACAGAUACCUCAAAGUUGAGCCUCUGCUAAUCACAAUCCAAGACCAUAUUUUUCCAACUUUUAAACAAUAACGAUAAGUAUUUAUACGUUUUUAAUAAUAAAUGUUUAUUGAUCAAUCUGCUUAGCUUUGCCACUUAAUAAACAGCAUACUCAAACUGUGAAACCAUUUUGUUCCUCUUGAUACUUAGACCACAACGUGACUGUUAUGAAAUACUGCUGCUUCUUUUUAUUUGAACUUUUUCAAACGGACUACUAAAAUAAUGCAUUCAGCAACAUUUUGGAUUGGUAAGCAAUGUUCAAACAUUCAUUCAAACUCUGUGCAAAAGUUCUAAUCCGACAAUUUAGAAUAACAAGGUCAACAUACCAUGAUGCAGUGAUUUUGGGCAGUGUCAUACCCACACCCAAUUUGAUUAUUAAAUCAAAGGAUUCCUAAUCGACCUGAUUUAGACUCUACCUUUAACACUUUGAAAUGUGUCAGAGUAACAGAAUUGUUCACCGGUCCGAAUGUUCACACACCAACCUGUGUGAAUAGAACGGGAAAUGUAUCUUUGUACAGAAGCAUAUGCCAAGAGACUGAGUAGGUAGAGGUUUUAAAUAUCUCUCUGAGGCUGAUUUAAUUUCCUAAAUUAUUCCAAGACGAAUUCAUCACAAUAUGAAUCAUCAGUCCAUAAGCAAAAUGCAUUUACAUAUGGUUAUUAAAUGUGAUUCUCAUGUUCUUUUUUGGUGUCUCUGAAAUAGUCCAAAAGUGGCCGUUGUGAGUUACUAAGAGAAGAUCUUUGCAUAAAAAAGCAAGAACCUUUUUACGAGGGAUCACAUUAAUUGUGCAGGCAAAGGCACACAUUCGCUCUUCAUACAAGUCAAUUGAAUUUGCCUAUGCGUUAGGAGCAAAGAUAACAUCUACUUGGAUGGAUGAUAUAUUCCCAAGUCUUUUCAUUCUGAUGUCUCUUUUUGUAUACAUGUGGACACUGACACAUAUCAUUAUUUGACUUGCAAAUUCUAAGGCAUUAAGAAUAGGAUUGAGACCAUGAUACUGCUGUUAUAAGUCCUAGACGAUGUCCUCCAUCUUUCUUUGUCUAAAGAACAUAUUCCCCCACAUAUCCUCUGUUUCUCAUCGAGACAGGAACUUUGCCAGGCCUAGCUUGUGACACACACACUGUGUCUCCCGAAAAUAGAAAGAUCUGUGUGGAGAAAAUGUGUAUUUUUCUUACGUUGUGUACCUGUCUUUCAUUAUGUGCAUGUAUAGUCAAACAAGCAGAUUGGCACACGGAAGCAGUCAUAAAAGAUGCAAUAACAUACUGUAAUAAGCCAUUAAAAUGUCUGAUAUAUUUAUGUAAAUGUGGAUUAGUUGAACCGUAUUAUGUUUCACGUUUUGA